AAUUUUUAUUAAAUACAACCCCCUAGAAAUGACCGCAUCUAUCGAAGGUACUAUUUGGACGGCCAACUCUGCAUACCCAGACCUAGAAAAGCGUCUAGACACGUACAUGCGAAGAGCCUUCGGCUUUCAGGACAAAGGAUUCGGCACAAAGAAUGAAUACGAUUCCAAGGAAGUGGAGUACUUUGGAAUCCUCAGUUUAACUGACGUUCGAGCUCCACGGCGAAAGCUGUGGUACAUGUACUAUGCCACAACAACUCAGUUGGAUGAAACUAUAGAUCGAAUACACCGCAAAUAUGGUCAAAAAAAUAUGUAUGAACUCUUCCGGAAGCCCGUUUUUUCGGGAGCAGGAAUGCGGUCCCGUGUUAAGAAUCACUUUUCCGGCCUUAAGUGGUACGUCAAGGGGAAUAUCUUGGAAGCAUCUUCGGAAAGCUGCUACAACGACGAGAAGGUGGUGAACACAGUCGCGGAUCUGUACCAGGCCGAAAGACGAAGGUACUACGAUUACCUCUAUGAAAGGAGUGCUUUAUUUAAGAAGUACAGUUCUGUUCAACUAAAUCAAGUCUGAGAGGAGAAAAUUAUUUAAGAAGUAGCUAUAAAUAAAAGACUGCGAAUGAA